UAGAAUCCGCGCGCUUGCGAUUUCUUAGCUUUACAAUAAGUAAAAUAAAGAGGUGCGUGAAGUGUAGAUCGUGGUCAAUUGAAAGAAGUACAAUAAAUAAGACUGUUUUUUUUUAUGACUUUAUAAUAUUUACGUUAUUCUCAAUUGAUUUCAAACUGCAAACAGUUUGUUUAUAUUCAAAUUAUGUAACCGGAUUGCAAACUGCAUUCUUGAAAGGUGAAAAUAAAGGAAGCAAGAAAUAAGUGAACUUAUUUGCCAGAGACUAUAAGGUGUUGUGCUUAAACUAAGUAUGGCUUGUUCCACGAAUCCGUAGUGUGGAAAAACAUUUCUAUGAAUAUUCUAGAAAUAUAGUGAUCCAGAGACUUUGAGAUUAUAAAGAUGCGUGUGCGUUGGUGGCGCGCUGUGUUGGUCUGUGCGUGCGCACUGGUGCUAAGAAGUGACGCGCUGCCCCCCGCCGCCCUCGGGGAUGUAGUUGUCAACGCUGCCAACAGCCUCAACUCUAUGAAGGUAACAGGAGCAUGGCGACGUCUGUCCAGUACGGUGAGCGAGUCUGUAGGGUUGAAGCACGCACUGCGGCGGCUGCAAGCGGUGCCGGCGCGUGCGGCGCGGCUCGUGCACGCUCUGGUCGACCGCAUGCGGGUCGGUGGCGGUCCUGUCGUCAACACACGGCUCGGCGCCUUGCGGGGACGGCGGCUGGUCACCAGGACUGUGUCGCAGAUACCCUAUUACAGCUUUAAAGGAAUACGAUAUGCACAAUCACCACGUGGCCGGUUAAGAUUCAAGCCGCCCGCGCCACUGGAGCCGUGGUCAGGGGUGCGAGACGCGUUAGAAGAAGGCGCCGUCUGUCCUCAUAGGUUUAUGUUGUUUGACACGUACAAAGGAGACGAAGACUGUCUAUUUUUAAACGUGUACACCUCUGCACUGCCUGACAAGCUAAUAGGGUACAAUCCAAAAUUAGCGGUAAUGGUUUGGAUUCACGGCGGGGCAUUUGCAGUUGGAUCUGGGAACGCAUUCCUAUACGGGCCUGAUCAUUUGGUGGGGGCUGGCGUGGUGCUAGUCACUCUCAACUACAGGCUCGGAGCUCUUGGCUUCUUGAGCCUCGAGAAUGAUGAGGUGCCAGGAAAUAUGGGAUUAAAGGAUCAAGUGAUGGCUUUGAAAUGGGUCCGAGACAAUAUUGAGUUCUUCGGCGGGGACCCGAACAGGGUGACCAUCUUUGGCGAAUCAGCUGGUGCCGUGUCGGUUCAUCUGCACAUGUUGUCGCCAGCUUCUCAGGGUCUUUUCCACCGAGUGAUAGCGCAGAGUGGUUUGGCGCUGUCACCAUGGGCCUUAGGGAAGAACCCACGAGAGAAAGCCUUCGAGUUGGGCAAAGAGCUCGGUAUUGAAACCAACAGUACUGCAGAACUUCUUGGUUAUCUAAGAGCAACGCCGAGUGAACUACUAGUGAAGGCAGGCGCAAGGAUCGCGGGUGCGCCGGGCAAGACGGCCGACCUACAGAGCACAGUGGCCCUGCCCUUCCUGCCAGUGCUGGAGCCCGAGGGCCCCGAAGCCUUUCUCACUACCAACCCCAGAGAAUCCUUACCAGGAGCUGACGUGCCACUUCUCACAGGGUACAACGCUCAGGAAGGAAUUAUACUAUUCAGACGUCUGCAACGCUAUCCGAAGUUACUCAGUGAGUUGGAGCAUGAAUUCCGUCGCGUGGUACCGCCCGAAUUGAUAUCUUCUGAUGAAAAGCGGACCGACAAGGUUGCGGAUCACAUCAGAGCUUUCUACUUCCAGCAGCGCCCAGUCGAUGCACGGAACAUCAACAGUCUUAUUGACUUAUUCACGGACGUGAUGUUUUUAAGGCCAGUGCUCCAAACGAUUCGACUCCAAGCGGCCACCAACAGGACGAGCCCCACGUAUUUGUAUCGGUUCGCAUUCGACGGCGCGCUUGGCCUGUUCAAGCGAAUGCUCGGCAUAUCCCACCCGGGCGCUUGUCACGGCGACGAAAUGGGAUACCUCUUCUAUUUCUCUAGACUUAAUUACAGAUUGGACGACGAAUCGACUGAACUUGUAGUCUCUAGAAAGAUGGUGCAAAUGUGGACAAACUUUGCGAAGACUGGAAACCCAACCCCGCCGGUGGAUUACGAAUCGAUUUUAGACUUUAAAUGGCUUCCCGUAAAUGAGACGGAACACAUGAAUUAUCUCAACAUAAAUGGAAACUUCACAUUGCAAACAGACCCCGAAGCAAAAAGAGUAAAGUUUUGGGACUGGCUGUAUGAUAAUUAUGCCAAUAAAUCAAUGCAAGUUUAAAUA